AUGAACCCGACCUGCGCCUCUCGACUUCCCCUGUCUAGGCUUGGGCAACCUGGCAGUAUCGCAGCCCUCGUGCAACCUUCGGGUUUUAUAAGAGAUCGCCUCUGCUCACCUAUUUGGAUACCUCUAAAGGGAUCUUUUCCAGGAACGAUUCAAACCUCCGAAGAUCUCUCAAAGGAUCAACCUGUGAUGGUCCCAUCUGAAAGGUUACAGGGCAAGGAGAUUUCAUCCAUACGAAUUGAAAUCGGAUGGCAGGCGACCCACAGCCCUGAUUGGGAGAGUUUGAUUCGUUUGGUUGGCGUGAAUGCACAUAAGAGCCCAGUGCACCGGUCUCGGAUUCUGGUCUUUGUUGGAUUGGUAUUUUUCACCGUGGUGGUACUGGAACAGGCAGUCUCUCAGCCAAACCUCAUGAGACUGGACGGGAGUUAUCCUAGUUCGGGAGAGGUUGUCUCUUGGAAACGAGCUCAUGAGGAGUGCUACUUUACUUUGAAUUUGGGUCGUGCCAUUGCUGCUCCCAUAAUUGGUUUACUGUCUGUCUACCGGUGUUCAGUUAUGCAUCCGACUAUUGAACUGGCAGAUUUGGUUGUGAACAAUGGUAUGCGUCUUUAUUCGCCACGUAUUCUCCCAAAGAUUUAUAUGGUCGGAUUCCGAAUAUUUCUUGUUCAAUUUCAUUUGACCGCAUUGGAAACUGUCACAUUCAUUGACAUGGACAGUGAUGACGGACGUGUUGACUACUUAGAACGACUGGUUGUCCAGAAAUCCUUACCGAUCACCAUGCAUAACAAGCGGGGGACUGUUCCCUUUUGUGAUAUUUGCUUUCUCAUUAAACCAGACCGUACUCACCAUUGUUCCACAUGUGAGAAAUGCAUUCCUAAAAUGGAUCACCAUUGCCCAUGGAUCAACAAUUGUGUGGGCUUUCACAAUCAGAAGUACUUUGUCCUCUUUCUGUUCUAUGCGAUCUGCUACUGUCUGCUAUGCUCACUGGCUAGUUUUCCUUUCGUUCGACUUUUGAUCCAGGGACAAUUGGACCUCAGCACUGGUGGGAUGCAUGCUUUCUUUCUAUUUAUUAUCGCCUUGGUUUUUGCUCUCGCCGUGGGCAUCUUGUUGGGGUUCCAGAUGAUACUUGUGAUGAAGAAUAAACUCACUCUGGAAUUUCACCGACCUCCCAUUUUUCGUGAUGCUAGUCGGAGGGACUCGUUCGAUUUGGGUGUGAAACAGAAUAUGGCGCAAGUGUUUGGAAAUGAAUGGAGGCUAUGGUGUUUCCCGCUAUUCUCAAGCUUGGGAACAGGAUUCACCUUCCCGAUGCGCUCCAGUCUGCAACAUUCCGAUCGGGAGCCACUGUUAGCCUGAAUAUCGUGGAAUCUCUUGCGGUCGGGCCAAACACCAGAAGUCACUGUAGCCUUCAGAAACCGUUUGGAAAUAACGGGAACUUUUCAUAUUUGACCGGGUCUCAUUACAUCAGUCAAUCUUGCAUAUUGGGCGCGGCUGUAGAUCUCAGAGUUCGUUCUGUUUUCCUUAAUUUCACUUCAAUACUUCGAUAAAUAAAUUAUUCACGAAGGAAACUUUCAUCUGCAUCUGGUUCUCAUUCGUACCGCGUUGGUAACUUAUUUCAAAAUGCAUGUGAUGGUUUUUGCGGGAGGUGUAUUGUUCAGUUUCACAUCACUCUCGUUUUGAACAGUCGUCCUCCUGUCCUGGCGCAAUUAUUCAUGUGAAUCCACACCAAAGGGAGGGAAGCACUGGACUCGAGUUUCACUCAUGUUAGAGCUCAUCAGCAGUGCAUAUCUAAUGGCCGUGCCGGGGUUUGAACUCCGGACACCUGACAUGCGAGGCGAAAUAUUGUACGGUUUUUAUACGGUCUCAACGAAAACGGUAAACGUUGUGGGAUAUCUGGUCAUGUUGGAUUGCUUUGUGACCGGCCAAACCAAAACUCCUGCCUUUGUAUGGCUUUAUUGACGUUCGUUUUGCCCACAAACAAGCGAAUCAGUAGUCUUUCUUUGUUUGGACGUCGGUCGAAUCAGCCGUAAUGAGCGCAGUUCGCAGUUUUAUGACCAUAGCCACGUUCUGUCUCUG